GUUGUUGUUGUUGUUGUUGUUGUUGUUGUUGUUGACACCGCGCGGUGAGCAGGUCUGUACUUGUUACCAGUGGACCUGGACAAUGAGCUUGCGUGGUCAGAAAGGAAUGCGAGUGGCCGCUGCUGCUGUCCUGCGAGAGCCCUCACAUGCUCCUCCUCGUCAGACAUUUUGGGAAGACAGACGCUUCAGCUGGAAACUAGAGGCGUUUAAAUCCCCACACGAGGUGCGAGGACGACGUAGAGGUACUGUCCAGGUAGAGGUUUUGUUGAGAAGUGCAGCACCAGAAGACGCCUGUUCAGAAGAUACAGCUCUUCCCUCUUGUGCUGUCAACGUACAAUCAUUCGCGAUAACACUGCAGCAGAUCAAACAGCAGCUUUGCAUGUGGCUCAGGUGAUGUACUGCCCCUCAUCUGUCAUACUCUGCUGCACCGCUUGUGUGAAACCUGAGGUCACUGGUCCCAUCUCAAUUCUUUGUGAGCACAGGUCCUGACACGACUUGACAGCAUUGUUCUUGAGAGCAUCUUGUGUGUUACAGGGGAACCCGAGGACGAAGGGACGUUGUCAUGGACGAACUGCGACAGCGACGGGUGUGACGAGGCCUUGGGGACGUGCCUGAGCUGAGACUGGUUCCUGUGCAAAACCAUGUAGGCUGAAUUGUUCUGCGAUCAGCACGUCCGGCGCCGAGGAGAGAGUCCAUCACUCACAUGCAGCUUCAACAAAAUGAACCUGCAGACGGAGCUGGACCAGAUUUCUAUGCGUCUUCAGGAGGAUGGCUUGCCUCCAGCUGCCAGUGCGGAGGAGCGGCAGCGUUAUCUGUGGCAGCAGCUGCUCCGAGAGGAAGCGAGGCGUCACUCGGUCACCCAGGAGAUGCAGACCAUACGUACACAGCAGGCCAGUGAGAUGAAGGAGGUGGAGAGCUAUGUUGCACACAUUCGUGGGCUGCUGGAAGAGCGCGAGUGUCUGACCGCAGACUACGAGAGAGACAAUGAACACCUGCGGCGUGAGCUUCUCCAGAUCAGACAGCAACAAGAGAGUCAGACCAAAGAGCUGGCGGAGAUGCUGGCUCAGGAGGACCUCGGGGAGAUGGGCUUGAGCAGUCCCAGUGAGCAGGUGGCCUACUUGCUGGUGGAGAGGGCCACGCUGCUGGAAAGGCUGGAGGCUGCUGAGAGGAGACUGGAAAGUCAGAGUCUCACUGGAAACUCGAUGGAAGGCCACCACCAGGGUCAAGAACAUAUUCACCACAUGAUGGGGGAAGAGCUCAGGCAGCGGAGGGAGGAUAUGCAGAAGAGCAUGGAUAACAUGACAAAGUGCUCAUCCCAGAGUCCAUGGAAGAAGCUGUUUGGGCUGCGCAGGUCUGGUCAGAGCAAGCACAAUAUCACCCCUGCCCGCAGCGAGGAGAUAUCCCAGGAGCAAAAUGAGCGGCAGCGGCUGGAGCGGGACCUGGAAGAGGCAUCGAGGAGGCUGGCUAUGGCGCAUCAAGAUAUCCGCCGACUCACCAGUGAGCUGGAUGUCGCCAAGAACAACAACCUAGAUUCAAGUGGAUCUGGGCUUCAGGGAAUGGUCCAAGAAGUAGAACACCUGAGGAGGGAAGUGGACAAACUGAAACACUGUGAUAUGAUGAAGCUGCAGCAAGCCAAAGAGCAAAAUGACAGACUAGAUGCUGAGAACAGAGCUCUGAGGGAGAGAGUGCGCACUAUAGAAUCCGAGAAGCAAAAUCUCCGUGGACAGUUGGCAAUAAAUGAUGCAGAAAAAGAUGAAGAGGAUCAAAAGGACAAGAGCAUUAGAAUCGAACCACAAAACAACCUGUCUGCCUUGUCAGCUCAAGAAAAGGAUCACAUUCACAAAAGGUGUCAGGAGGCGAUGGAAGAUGGGCUCGUGCAGGUGAGAGAGCUGCAACGGCAACUCCAGAGGCUGCGCAAGGAGCAGGAGGAGCUGGAGGAGAGGAACGAGGAGCUGGAGGCCCUGUUGGGGGAGGCGCAGAAUGCCAGCAAGGAGGAGAGUCAUCGCCAUGAGGGUGAACUGGAGGGAUUGCACAGGAGGAUCAAAAGCCUGGAGGCAGAGCUGAAGAGGCAAGAUGCCCAUGAAAAAAUUAUGAGGAAUGGAGAUGAAGUCAAAGCCACAGAGUCCUUCUUACAGCUGCACCUAAGGGACGGCAGCCAGGAGAGAUUGGCUCUGCUAGAGGCGCGACUGACUGAGGAGAAGGACUGGAGAAAACAGUUGGAGGUCGACCUCAGCGCUGCACAGGCCGCCCUCAAGAAAGACAAAGAGGCUUUGCAGAUUGGUGAGCGAGAGCUGAAGAAGCUGAGGCUGGAGGUCAACAGUCUCCAGACAGAAUGCCAACAAGGGAAAACGCUCAUCAAGAGCCUCACCCAAGUCAAAGGGGAAAAAGCUGUUCUGGAAGAAAAGGUGGCCCAGAUGGAGCGCGCCCACAGCCGACUCCAGAGCGAACUGGAGCGAUACAAGGAUGGUAACGGUAACGGUAACCGGACUAAGGAGGACCUGAAGGAAAGCAGGCUUCAAGUGGACCAGCUGCAGGAACAGGCCGACCGGCUGACUGCCGAGCUCAGCAGCCUCCAGACGACUCACAACACACUGAGGGAUGAAAUGGUCUCUGAGCGUUCGCAGACUUCCGAGCUCCAAGCCAAGCUGAGCGCCAGCGUCCAUGAGAGGCUGGCAGCUGAGGGAGAGAGAGAGAGGCUGGAGCUCGAGAUUCAGCGCCUCAACGAGCAGCUCAAGUGGCAUCAUGAGCAGCUCGCCUCGACAAAAGAAGCACUUGGCAGCAGCCAGAAGCUUGAACUGCACGAUCCUCCUAUAGAAUCUAGACUUAGUCCAGUGGAGAAGACCAAUGACGAAAGCUUGGAUCAGCUUUCAUGUCUGAAACAGGAGGUGAAUCAUAUGCAGCGCGCGCUGGGGGAGGAGCGGCUCGUGGCCUCUCAGCACCAACUGGCCCUGCAGGCUCAGGUCAAUGAAGCCCAGGCGCACAUCAGGUGCCAGAACUCGGUGCUGAGCCAGAAGGCAGAGGAGGCCAAGCAGAUGAGGCAGGACCUGCAGCGGGCCCAGAGCCUGUUCACGUCUGCAGAGAGGGAACUGCGCUAUGAGAAAGAAAGGAACAUGGACCUGAAGAGACACAACACGCUGCUGGACCAGGAAAAACUCAAGCUCUGUGCAGAGCUGAAGCAGGUUCAGACCAAGCUGGUCCAGGCGGAGCAGACUGUUCACUCUCAGGCGGCUGAGGGCGAACGUCAGCAGCAGAAGACCAGGGAGUUGGAGCUGGAGCUGGCUCGCAGCUCCACAAAUCGCAGCGCCGCCACCAGUCUGCAGGAGGACCUGCAGGCUGAGAGGGUGCAACUCAUCACUGCCGACAAGAAGGUGUUGGAGCUGCAGCAGCAGCUUAAAAAUGCCCAGCACCAGCUGCGCGUGGAGGAAGCUCGGGCCGGCGAGACCAGCCGCCUGGAGCGGGACAGCAGGGAUCUGUCUGACACAUUGUCAGCCCUGAGAGCCCAGCAGCACGAGGAGCACAUCACCAGGAAGUUGUUAGAGCAACGUGAGGAGGAGCUGCAGCAGCAGGUUCGCUCCCUCAGGCUGAAGGAGGCCUCGCUGACCAGGACCAACACAGAGCUAAGCCACCGCGCCCAGCAGCUGGAAACCCGUCUGACCAUUCUGGAGGCUGAGCUCAGCAAGGCCAGAGAGGAGGUGAGAGAAGGCCAGAGGUCCAGCCACAGACUGCAGGAGGAGCUGGCGGCCAGUCAGCAGGAGUGCGACCGACUGCCGGGGGAGCUGCAGCAGGUUCUCCUCCAACUGGACACGCACGUCAGGAAGUACAACGAAAAGCACAGUCAGCACAAGACCAAGCUGCGUCAGGCCAAGCAGGUGUUCCUCAAGGCGAUGGCACAGAGGGACCGGACCAUCCAGAAACUGGAGAACGACCUGGUGCUGGCCUCCAGCCUCUUGCACAAGGAGAAGGAAAGGAUCGAUACAGUGCUGGAGGAAAAUGAGAAGCUUUUGGAGGAGAGGAGGGAACUGUUGAGGAAGAUCAGUGAGGCGGAGGAAAUGGGCAGCAAUGGCAUGAGGACUGCCUCGACUGUUCAACACAGGGUCAACGUCUUGGAGGUGGAAAACAGACAGCUACAGGAUCGGACGCUGAAGCUCUCCAAUCAAGUUAGUUCCUUAGAGCGCGCCCUGAGGAAUACCCAGUCAUUCUACAGCCUGGAGAAUGCCAAGAAAGUGCUUCCCUCUGAAAGUCUCUGUGACAGCAUCCUACAUGCAUCCACUCUAAGUUUGACGUCGGGCUCCUGUGACCCACUGGAAAUCCUGGACAAACUAUGCCGAGUGAAGGUGGGCGAGCGAGCGGUGGAGGAGGGCGUCCGGGCGUCCGUCUCUGCACACCAGCUAUCAGAGCAGGGCUACCUGAAUCUCACCUCCCCGCUGGUUUCUCCAGAGGCCAAGGCUACAGAGGAGAGCUCUAAUAAUAGUGACAUGGUAUGAGAUGUGGUGCAUCCUGACGCAGCAGCAGGCUGCCAACAGCAGCAGAGCUGUGUGUCGCCGUAUUUUGUAGUACUUAGCUUUUGCCCAAUCCGCAGGAGACAAAAAUCUGAAUGUAGUGAAAAAAAAAGGUUAAAUGCAUUAUGAAUAAAUCUUUUUAAAGGGUAAUAAUGAAAAGGGGGCUUCCUCUGCAGUUUCGCUCAGGGUCAUAUCACUUUUGUAUUGCAAAGCAGAUUCUUGUUGGGCUUGCAAGUACUGCAUUUUGAUCCAGGAACAGAAGUUUGGGGUAAAAAAGCCAGUGCAAUUGUCAAUCAAAUAUUUGUGACAUAUUUUAAAGGAAACCGAAUGUAAUGGGAUUUGGAAGCGAGCUGACACAAUCAUGUUUGCAUCAGCCAAUCCGAAUUUCUCUUGUUGGCUCAUGGCAAAGAAAGACAUUUUUUAUUAACGUGACGGUGCAGGAUGAGACAAUGUACUUAACCCCAGUGCGGUAAAUGUCAAACACAUUUAAUUGGGGGAUUUGAAUGCGACUAGUUUUCACUGAGCACUUUAUAAGAAGUUCUACUUGUGUUUACAUUUAAGAAAAUGUAGCAGUGGGAUAUCAACAGGACGUAUUUUUCCCCAGUUAAAUUUAAUCUUGGCAGUGUUUUCUAUGAAAAAACUAAAAAUGCCGGUGGUGUUGUAUGUUGGUUUUACUGUGUCAAAAAAUAUCUUUAAAUAAACACAUCAGCUUUUUAUUUUUUAUUUUUUUUACAACUUUCCAAAGUGAUGCAGUUAUCAUACAUAACUCUGAUAAUGUGUUGGACCCACUUUAUGUCUAAUACGAGACUGUGAGUGCAAAUAUCGGGCUCCUGUCUGAGGAGCCUAUAGCUUGUCAGCUGUAGUCACUCCAGUAUUUACAACGUGCCGCUUUGCUUCGAGUUUAAAAAGAAGAAGAAAAAUCCACAAUGUGGGGAAAAGCCACAGAAUUCCAGAGGCUAGUUUUUGUCUAUUUUGAGCUGGCCACGCCAUUUUUUCUUUUUUACAUUGCUCAACCUCAAAGGUUUCUUCCAGGGACGCUCCAACAGAAAGUACUUAAGCCACAAAGACUGUCAGCAGCAGGUGUUUUUAUAUUAAUUACCACUAAUAAUAUUUUGUGUCAGUAAUAGUUAAAACACUGUGGAAGCUCUAGUCUGUUUUGUUUUCAAUGUGCCUGAACUGAUGAAGUGUUAAACUUUAUCUUGCUGCUGCGUGAGUUUGCGACAGACAUGUAAACUGUGAUGUAUGUAACAAGAAAUUGUGACUUUUUCGUGUAAAUACAUUUUUAAGCAAAACUAUUUUUCUUAAAUAAAAGAAAAACAAAUAGCGAA